CAGUUUCAGCAGCUUGACGGUUGUUGGUCUACGCGAUCAACGAUCAGUAACGUAAACAAUCUUGAACUUGACAGUUGACAGUCGAAUGUGCCGGCGUGCGCACUUCUUGCAUCGAUCUUUAAGCGUUGUUACCCAAGAAACACAGCAGCACUAAAGACGCGCACCCUGCAUUCCGAACAUCGCGCGACAGACAAAGAGUCGAUCCGACCAACAAAUAAACAUCGCCGAGUGCACUGCAAUCUUCUGUUGUUCUUGUAAAAAUAGUUUUAAUUUUUCGGUUACAUUAAAAAAAAUAUAUAUACACUGCCGUCUAAAAAUAUACCAUAGCCUACAACGUCAAGCACUGCAGAAUUGGUUUGCUUAGAAGCGAGCAACACACAGAGCAGCAAAAUCGUAUUACCGGUUAUUUACAAGUGACGACCACAGACAAAUCCAAAAAAAAAACAAAAAAGGGGGUGUCAAGUGAUUUCCAACGAAUUAAAAAAAAUCAUAAAAAAACAUAAAAAAUAUUAAUUAUUUUAUAUUGUUUGCCGUUUGGACUUCAGUGUCUGUCCAAAAGUUGAAAAAACUCUACGGAAGUCGUCACCCAUCCAUUUGCCAUUCAUCAUCAACGCUUUCGACAGUUGGCAGCCAAACAAUGACGUCGCCUGUUAAGCACGGAACCUACUGGCCAUUCAUAAUUACAGUUGUAAGCGUUUUGCUGCAAGGUACACUUGGCCAGUCCUACCAUUUUAUUAUUGGCCAUCAUCAGCGUAAUUUUGAUCAGCUGUACCGGGAACCGCCUCCAAGCACCAGACAAUACACAAGCGACACAAAUAAUACGGACUCGAGCUCAGAACUGGAUAGUGGCAAUAACAACAGCAAUAAUAAUAACAAUUCCGCAAUCAUUUUAGUGCAAAAUAUGCACGAAGGCUCCAACGAAUUAUCACAAACCGCCAUGGACAUCAUUACCAUUGUCUGGUAUGUGGCAACAUUUUUGGCCUUGGCCGCUUUCUUCCUGCUGAUGGCUUGUUCCGAUCGACGCUGUGCAGAUACUUCACGUAAUCCGCCGUUGAAUACGAACGAAACCCCCAUACCGCCCCCCACACCUUCCCCAUCCUACAGUGAGUUUGCUCCGCCAAGUUAUGACAGUGUCAUGAAAUUGCAGCAUGCCAACAAGACCAGUAUCUUUGUCAUACCCUUUUCCAUGGAUCAAUCGCCGAAAGAUAACAACCCACCGCAGAGCCCGCCCACGCCCACCAUCAACGUCUACACCAUCAAUGAACUGCAAAAAGCGGACAGUUAGCUGAAUAUCACAAUGUCGCGUAGCUGUAAAAUAUAUUAGCUCAUAUGUAUUUCUCAUACAAAACUGUGAUAUUAGAGCAUUUCCUCGACCCCGGGAGCGAGGGUUGCCAACUUUUCUAGAAUAUUGAUAAGACGUGGGUGUGCGUGUGUGCGUGUAUAUGACACCUCCUUGAGUGUAGAUAUAUAUUCUUUGCACACCACCCUGUUUCAUAGUCAAAUUAGAUUUCUUCAUCGAUUAUUGUGAUAAGACUGAUGUUUGUUUAGGGUAAAUCAAAAGUCAAAUGAAUGGCAUUUGCCAACACCAAAGGUGUCCAUUUAGUAGGGAGUGGCUAUUUUUUGAUGUUUUCUGUCAAAUGCUAGCCAGCUCCAGAUAUUUUUUAUUCUUCAUCUUUAAUUUAAUUGUUAAGUUAUCUCGUGAUUAAUAGUAUAUUUGUAUGUAUGUCUGCAAGUACGCUGUGUUAGCUUUAAGCCAAUAAAGCCAAGAUCUACAUAAAAUACCAUAAUUAAAAGAGUAAACAUUGA